AUGACAGGAAAGAUGGUACUUUCACCGAUAGCAACAGGCGCCGAGGCUAUCGGAUCCAAAGAUGUAGAUGUUUUAUACGUAUGCCCUGUAUCAGUGAUCGCUGGGGAUAAAGGGAUCAUGGAGAGCGUUCGGAAAUACCCAAGGACAGGCGCGGAAGGGUGCGAGGAUAGGAUCAGCGCGACGAAAAAGCCCUUAGGAUUACCGUUGUCGUCCGAACGUGCGACUUGGGAGAAAGAUGGACGGGCAAACGGCUGA